GAACAUGGCUCCCUAUUGCUUCCCCGCCACCUCCCCGCUGCUGAACGGCGCUUCCCGCCGGCUAAGUGCGGCAGCGGCGCUGGACGCGGUGGCAACGCCCAGAGCGGCCGUGGGUGGGCGGUAGGACGGCGCCAGAGGCGGAGCGUGCUGCUCUGCCGCUGUGCGGCUGGGGCUCUGGAGGCUCAGGAGCGGGCGAUCUCACCAUGACCGCGGCGAUGAGGCAGCGGUUCGACCGAUUUCUGCACGAGAAGAACUGCAUGACCGCCGUGCUCGAGCGGAUCGAGAGCAAGACCGGCAUCAACCGCGCCUACAUCGCCGUCGCCAUCGUCGGGGCGGUGGCCGUGUACCUGGUGGUAGGCUACGGCGCGUCCUUGCUCUGCAACAUCAUCGGCUUCGGCUACCCCGCCUACGUGUCAAUCAAGGCAAUUGAAAGCCCCAACAAAGAUGAUGACACACAGUGGCUGACUUACUGGGUUGUGUAUGGCGUUUUCAGCAUAGUGGAAUUCUUUUCUGAUAUCUUUCUGUUCUGGUUCCCUUUCUACUACAUGAUAAAGUGUGGCUUCCUGUUGUGGUGCAUGGCUCCAAGUCCUUCCAACGGGGCAGAGUUUCUCUAUCAUCGAAUUAUCCGGCCUUUCUUCCUGAAGCAUGAAGCUCAGCUUGACAGCGUUGUUAAAGACCUGAAAGACAAGGCUGCGGAGACUGCAGAUACCAUUGCUAAAGAAGCCAAGAAAGCAACAGUGAACUUACUGGGUGAAGAAAAAAAGAGCACUUAAGCUAUUAACUGGAUAAAGUUUCCCUACCACCUCCUUUAUGAAGCUUGAUGUUACUGGGAACUGUGGUAUAAAUCUUAAUAAUACUGCCUUGGAAACAUUUUGAUGUAUUAAAGGAAUGUGUUCUGAGUUUGCUUACCACUUUUUUGUGUCUGACAGAAAGGAAGCAUUUUUAUUUAAAAGCAAUGCAGUGGGCAGCAUCUGAAGCUUAAUGAAAAUACUAUAUUCAUCUUCAUGCAGAAGAAAUCUUUCAGUAAUCUCAUCUCUUUCUGCAGUAACAUAAAUAAAAAGUAUAUAUCCCACAGGCUCUGCACUUUAGUUGUCUCUUUGUAUGUAAUUACUCUUAAUGCUUUGACUGUGGUGCAUCUGGUAACAUGAAGCUAUUGCGUAAGAAAAAUACUAGUCUGAAUGGAUCUUCUUGAAUAUACGGGGAAUUAUUGGGAGAGAUGGCGUAACAGAUGUAUUCCCCUCCACCAAAGUUGUAAAUGAUGAAAUUACAUGUUCUAGGCAACUGAUGGUAGAAAUUAUUCACUAUUGCAUGUUUUGUUGUAACACAGUAUUUGGUACAGUGUGUGUAUUCUUGAAUGGAUAGAUGCUAAAUACAGGGAAGAGUAACUUCAUUCAAAUGAUCAAGGCUAUAUUAGUGUGAAGUAAUCUGCCAGAAAGAGAUGCAUUAAAUUGCACAGGAUUAGCACAGGAUGACUGAAGUAUACCUCCUUGCCUCUUCUUGAUUGAUAAAUAAAAUUGUCAUCUAAAACUAUUAAUAGAGUGCCUUUCAGAAUCACUCUCAAAAGCAAAACUACCUUUUGCUAAGGAGCGAUAUCAUUCCAAACACUUUUUCCUAAAGUUGUGUUGAAAUAUUAACAACUCCCUAGGGUGCCAGUUGCCAGAACCACAUCAUUAAUGAGAUGGACUAUGGCUUCCAGGAGUUUUUUCUGCUCAUAAAAAUCUGCAGUCUCUUCUGACUGUACUAAGAGCAACUUUUCAUGAGCACUGAAACUUCCUGAACAGAGAUGCUGUUGUUGCUACUUGAUAUAUCCCUGACCAAUCAAUCAGUAAGAAUGCAACCAAAGUUAUUAACAGAAUAAAGGGGUUUUUGCAAUCAAUGGAAAAUAUUUAUUUUAGAUAUAAAUCUGUAUUUACUCUUUCACACUGCAGACUUUUCAACAAAUUCAGCAUGAAUUACUGAAAUCUCUCAGUUCUCAUCUCCAUGCUGAGAUUUCUUUAAAGCCUACAGUAACGCUACGACACUUCUUAACUCACAGAACACUCAGAAGGUAAGCUUAAGCUUUUGGUAUGCAAGAAAGUGAUUUCUGGUCAAGAGUCUUAAAUUCAGAAGAUUUAAAGUAUACUUUUGAAGACUCUUAGCUUUCUGCAAUAAGUUGGUAUAUAAACAUUCACUCCAAAUUUUCAGAUACAAGAACUGCAAAAGCAUGCACCACUCAGUGCAACUCAGCAGGUAGUUUUAAAUUUGAGAGAUGUAUUAUAAGAAGAUUUGUAGAAGUGUCUUAAGAAAAAGCAUUUUAAACUUUAAGCUGGAAAACGCAGCUCUUAGGGCUGUCACCUUGGAUAGGGAACCGCGAGACCCACUGUGCAUCAUUUUUUGUAGGACAGCAUGAGCUUUGUUGUUUGAAGGAAAAAAAAUGUAAAAUAUCACAGCUAAUAAUUCCACGACAACUUUUUAUUAUGAGUGGAUGUGCUGAAGGGAAUAAAAGUUUACAGCAAAGUUGUAGGUCUGUGAAAAGUCUGAAGUGACUCACCAUAGAAGUGGAUUCAUUUCUUGUCUUGCCUUCCUCUGUCUUAAACCCACUGAGCUGUUCUGUAAGCCAUACUUAAAUCCUAAUGCUGUGUUUUAAACCCUAUUGACUGUGUAUUUAGAGGUCAUGUGGCCAGUGUAAUUUAGCUUCACCUCUUGAAAACAUAAGUAGUAAAUAAAAAUACUUAAUAGUCUUAUCUGAUUUAGGUACAGAGUACUAUGUAACAUACUUCUUUAAAAGCUGCUGAUAAAUCUUGGACUUUACAAGCCUAACAAAGUCUGUAGCAGAAGCAGAACUUAUUUGUAAUUUCUCAUACUACUAAACAUUUCUUCCACAGUUAUUAAUGGGGAUAAACAUUUCUAGGUAAGCAUUAAAAUACUUUCUUACAUCUCUCCUUAGAACUUAAAAGUUAGGCUUAAAAUCAAAUUCUUGUCUCUACUACUUUGUAUUUCUUGACAUAAGCAGCUAAAUUCAGUAUUCCUUUGUCAGAUUUCUACUUGUAGUAGAACAUUGUUAACAGAAUGUGAUAUUGUUUGCCUUGAUGCAAGUAGAAGUUACUGAAUUUCUGCAUCAGAAAAGUUAUUCUUUCCUGCAAGUAACUCCACUGGGCUGGCCCCAUCGAUCUGUGCUCUUCUCAGUUUCAUCUUCACAACAUUUAUGUGCAGAUGUUGGUACACACAUAUACUCCCAUGUCUGUGCUGAAGUUGUAAUGUGCUAAAUAAAAAUGGAUACAAAUAAAAAAAGAGAUUCUUACA